UAUUGAGGAACAGACAGUCAAAACAAAGAACUUUCUAUUUCCUAUCUUUGGGAAUUUCCUAUAACCAUCACUCAAGGAGUGAUGCAAACCUUUUCCCGGAAGCAGGUACAUGCUGUCAAUAGUGAAGCAACAGAUGCUCAAGCGAGUAUAAAUACCAGCACAUUUAGCACACUCAACAUCAGACAGGUGAAAAGAGCUGACAAGAUCAGGAUCUGAAGAAAUCUUGGUGCAACUUAAACCACUCACACACUCUGAAGAUGAAGACGUUCAGUGUUGCAGUUGCAGUGGCCAUCAUGCUCACCUUCAUCUUCCUUCAGGAGAGUUCUGCUGUCCCAGUCACCGGAGAACAAGAGCUGGAAGAAGUGAUGAGCAAUGACAGUCCAGUUGCUGUACAUGAAGAGACAUCUGUGGAAUCAUGGAAGAUGCCGUAUAACAGACAGAAACGUGGCAUUAAGUGUCGCUUUUGCUGCGGCUGCUGCACCCCCGGUAUCUGCGAAGUGUGCUGCAGAUUCUGAAGAUUCCUGCACCAACAACCACUAAAUAAUCAUUUAUGUGCUUUUGUCUAAAAUUGUAUUUAUGGCAUGUAAACAUGUAAAGAUGUUACUAGGUGUGGUCAU